UGGGUCAUCACCGGGGGCCGGGCUCCUUACCGGGGGCCGGGCUCAUUACCGGGGUAGGGCUAAUUACCGGGGGCUGGGUCAUCACCGGGGGCCGGGCUCCUUACCGGGGGCCGGGCUGCCCCGGCGGCCCCGCCCCGUCCCGGCAGCGGGCGCGGCUGUUUACAGGUCCGACGAGUCUGCGAAGAACAGACGUCUGAGGACCCUUGAAGAGAUGUGGCCGCUGUGGGGGCUGGACCUGGGCCGGGCCCGCUGUGACCUGCUCUUCACAGAGGCCAUCAACCAGAGGAUGCAGGUGCCCAGCAGGCUGAAGGUGGCAGAGAGCUGCAGCCCCGGGGACAGCAGGGCAGGGACAGAGGAUGUCCCUGCGUCCUUUCAGAUGCACAUCCCUGACAGGAUUUCUCUGGCAGAGAUACCAGACACCAGUUUGAGGCCAGUGCUGUUGGCCCAGCCCAGGAAGGUGCCCUCUGUGGUGGUGCACGUGUCCCCAGAGCCCUCUGGGGAUGUCCCUUUCCUGCCCUCGGGCAGCAGAGCCAGCGCCCAGCGACGCAAGCGAUCGGGCCACCACAGCAGCAGGGCACGGAGGGACAGGACCCUGAGUGACAGUGUCCAGCUGGCCGUGCACAGCCCAGGACAGCACCACGAGGGGCCAGGCUCGUGUCCCCUGCCUGCUCCCAGUGCCCCUCUCCCCCUGCUCACGGAGGCAGGCAGGAUCUACUCCGUGCAGAACAUCUUCCAGACCCUGUACCUCCUGGGCCAGGUGCUCCUCCACCGUGUCCAGGACUCCCUGCGAGACCCAGCGCCGUCCAGGUGCCAGGAGCCCAUGCCAGCUGCAGAGAGUGCCUUGGAGGAGGCCGGGGUGACGGAGGUGGCGGCGAUGAGGAGGCAGCUUGCGAGGAUCUCGGGGAGGCUGAGAGUGCUGGAGGAGCAGAGCCAUGCCUGGAGGCAGAAGGAGGCCCUGGUGUACUCUGUGAUGAUCUCUGCUUGCCUCAUCAACACGUGGCUCUGGCUCAGAAGAUGACUGCCCGUGCCCGACCUCCCCUGCUCACCGUGGCAGGGUGGGUGAGGAGCAUUUCUCGUGUACUUGCCAGCAGUGAAACUCUUUUUUUCAUGACUAGGGCUGCUUUUUGCACUGUGGGCCCUCAAAGAUCUGUGUCCUUCAGGCAUUGAUGAUAGUGAAGGUGUGAGAAGCUGCUGUGAAGAGCUGAGGUUUCUUAAGAACUCAGGGGAUGUCUGCUCUGUGCAGGUGUCCUCAGGCUGCCAGAGGAGAUGCAAGCCUGAGGUGUUGGAUGUUUGUGGUGAUGCCUUGGGAAGGCUGACCUGAAACAGAGACUGGGCAGAGCUAGAGAAUAAAGUAGAGAUUUAUUGGAAGAUAAACUUAGGAUACACCUUGGGCAGGACAGGGCCUGGCCAGGGCUACACCCAAGGUGGACCCAAAAUGGUCACAAAAUGGAUAAACGGUCAUGAAGUCUCACACUUUGAUAAGUGUUGGUCCAUUUGCAUAUUGGGGUUGAAUUGUCCAAUUACAGCUUCAGGUUAUGAAGUCCUAUCCUUCUUGUUUUCUCUCCUCAGCCCCCCUUGUUUGUGCUUUUGGGCUGAACACUUGUCCCAGCUGUCCUUGGUGUGCAGCAGGAGAAGGAUUUGUUUUGUGUCCCUGCUCUGUGCAGAGCUGAGUGACCCUGAGUGUGAGCUCAGAGCUGCACCCCUGGGCAGCACAGAGCCUGAAAUACAGGAAAGAUAAAACUUAAGACAUCAUUUGACCUGGGUUCCUGUUUCAGUCACAGCCUGUGGUGGGCCUGGUCCCCUGGCCACAUCCCACCUUGGGGAUCUCAACUCUGACCCCAUAAAAGUUCUCAGCUGACUGCUGUGGUCUGUUCCUCAUCCUCUGUAGAUUGACUGAGUGUUUCUAAGCUUCUGCUGGCUUUUCUCCCUUGUGCAGCUGCUGUUUGCUGGAGGUGGUACUGCCAGGUCUCCUGUGCCACUCUUCCAGCCCCUCUUCCAGGAGUGGAGCUGGAGGGGCCGGGAUCUCCUCUCCCUGCAGCCACAGCAGGUUUGCAGAUGUUCAGCUCCAAAGUGACUCUAAGAGCCUUGCUGACAUCUGGGCUUAUGCAGGGGCUCGGUUCUUUCCCAGAGAGAUUUACAUGGGAAACCUCCCCGUGGUGACUCUCUGGAUAAUAAAACCUCCUAUCAACAGGGAUAGCACCAAACAGGUCAGGGAAAAUAGAUAUUUGUUGGUGUCCCCGUGGCAGAGGGGAGUGGAGGAGUGUCUCUCCCAGGUCUUGCUGCCAAGCUGCAACUUCAGUGAUGGUGCAAGAACACGAGUGAGAGAAAUUCCUGACCCAGGUGCUCUUCAGCUGUAAACAAGCUCAGUUUAACAGCUUCUCUGUUUGCUUCCUUCUCUAGAGUUUAGUAACACUUGAUUCUGAGGUGACUUUGAGAUGUUUUUGGUGGUUCAUCCAGCACAUCUGCUGGAGCUGUGCAUGUAGGCCCUGGGGGCAGGUUUUGGCAAGGCUUAACAGGACCUGUCUGUGUCACCUAGACCUAAUUAUAGCUGGAUCUCCAUGUCAUCCAGAUGUCCCAGUAGCUUAUUUACAGACAUCCCUGCUCGGAUGUUUUCUGCCUGACACCGCGUCAGGCGUCCGUGACUGUAAAUCUGGCAGCUGGACAGUGAUUAAUAAAUGACUGUCCCAGAGUAAUUGCAGGUCUGGACCUGUGGCUGAUUGCUGAGCUGAGGAGAGCGCUGGGAUUUAUUGCAGGCAAGAGCCAGGACGGUGUGGUGGGCUUGGUGGCUGUGCUGUGGCAGGGGGGGUGUGCAGGACAGGGGACUCCUGUGCCUUGUGGCUCAGGGAUGUGCUCAGGAGCACCAGAGGACCCUACACGGCUGUUCUGUGUAAGGGGGUGUGAGCUGUGCCAGGGAAUGAGGUGAAUUGUUGGUCUGGUUUCUCUCCCCUGAGAGGUGUUACCGUGUUUUGGAGGAAGCCUGUGUUUGGGGUUUGUUUUAAGGUGUAUUUUAGGGUGAGAAGGGAUGACUUUGGGAGGGCACACCACCUUCAGAGUGUGGCUUGAAGGGGUUUGUAGAGGAGAUGGUCAGACUGGAUGUGUUCUCAUGGGCUGGGUACUGGCAGGUUGUGGGAGAUAUAAUGUGACUUCUAUGUAAGACAUAAAUUCUGGUGUAAAUCUGGAAACACUGACUACAAAAUACAUAUUUUAAUAAACUCUGUGUGUUCUGGA